CCUGGAAUAACAGCCUGCGUCAGGCGCCCGGCACAUUCCAGCAGGAACCUGCCGCUCAGCUAUCAAAGGGCCCUUCUUCUUCCCGGCGUGCGGGAUUCCAGACGGCACCACGCUGGGCGGGAUCCGGGCAGGCCCCGGGCAGCCCGGGCAGCAUGGGCACCAAGCACCAGCAUGCCUAUUGCAGGCAGUUUGCACCCACGCUGCACUGAGAGACGCGACACACCAGAAGCGGCGCAAGGGGCCUGUGUGUGUGGACUGGUUGGAGACAUCCAGGCUGAAAGGGCCCGUUCUGACCAUCCGGUCUGCCCCGCCGCAUGGCACAGUCCAGACUCCCCCAGGCUUCCUGGGCAGAGCCCUCGGGUGAGGGGACGCUCGGCCCUCGGGGGAGCAGCUCCUCUUUGGGGCGUCGCUGGAGUCAGUCAGGAAUGAGGGUGAGCGUAACCACAAUGAGCCGCUUGGAAACUGGCCGAAGAGCAGCCUGUGUGUGGACACUGAGUCUAGCCAUGUCUUGGGCUGCCAAGGUGAGAGGGGCCCAUUAGGCCCAUCCGAGCUGACUGGCCCCGCUGCCUUGCCCAGGCCACCAGCCCCAGCCAGGGGUUCCUGCAGCCGCACUUCUGGGAGAGCCAGUGGAGCUUUAGAAGGAGACACCAAGUCUUGGUUUCAACAAACCUCCCAGCAAUGGUGAAUCUGGAUCAUUGAUAAAGACAGUGCUGCCCUUUCUCGACUCAAGCAGCCAGUCAGAUUUUGGGGUCCUGGGGAUGUUCUGGCAGGAAGAAAUGGACACGGUCUGGUGUUCUCUUUGUUUAUUUACAAGCAAUGUACAAAGUCCUGCUUCCCUGAACACAGGAGGAACCAAGAUCAAAAGGAGCAGCUUCUUCGUUUACAGCCCCAAGCCUCCUUAGUCAGCACCAGACCCCAAAGCUCUCUCGCUUUUUCCUGGCUCACACUGUGCUCACAGGCUCCUGCUUCUCCCACUCUCUGUUCCUCUGGUCUCAAUUUCUCCAUGAGCUCCCUGCACACCCCCACCCCUAAAAGAGAACUCAGCCAAAAGCCUCUGGGCUGGUGUACACCCCCUGUUUUGUCUUGAGUAGGGGCUUAUGCUUUCAAGGGUCAGCUCUUCCAGAGCAAGCCGUGCUGCACAGCCAGGGAGAGCUGCCAGGGAGCAGCGGAGAGAUGCCGCCCUGCCACAGAGAGCUAUCACCCUGCGUGGCAGAGAUACCUGGAGAAAUGCCACCCAGCAAGGCUGAGGUGGAGCCCUGUCUGGUUGAGAUGCCACCCUGCCAUGGAGAGCCGGGGGGCAACCUUGGAGAGCUGCUGCCCUGCAUGGUCGAGAUGCCGCCCAGCAAGGCUGAGAUGCCUGAGGAGCAACCAGGGCUUGUGUCCCGCGGAAAGUGCCUAGUCCGUAACUGGCAGGAGGAGAGAGCCACGAACGAGCUGGAUCAAGUGCCGAGUCCAGAGCUGGGCAGUGAGGGCUUCUUGUACCGGCACGGGCACCGCGGGCUGCUCACCCUCCAGCUCCUCUCGCAGCUGGCCGACAGCACCACCAUGAAGGCUUCCUAUCGCAGGCCCCGGCGGACCGGGCUGCCUGUGAGAGGGCAGCGGGAGGCCAUGCUGGAGUUAAUGCUGUACCAGAAAUACAGGAAGGAGACCCUGACGGAGCUUUACCCUCCCGCCGGGCCCAUGGAGUCGCUCUCCACCACCCACCGGGACUACUGCAAGGAGGGCUUCCAGGCUGCACGGCUGCCCCCCACCAGGCCCCACGACUAUCGCCUGGAGCAGCCCCACACCUUCUGGCUGGAGAGCGCCCGCCAGCUGCCUGGCGUCUCCAACAUCCGUACCAGCGACACCCCCUUUAGGAGGAACGCGACCUUCACCACCCCAAUCAGCGACUACCUGGACCAGCCCCUGCCCUACGCCCCAGAGAACUACCCCAAACUUUAGGCCCCGCAGGGCAAUAAAGAGUG